UAUACAAAUUGAUGUAGAUACCAGACGGUUAGCAAGAUAGCUAAAACACGUGCUUCAAAUUUUGCACUUGUAAAGUUGUAAUGUAACGUUGUCAAUUGUUGACAGGAAAUUCACGUAAAAUUGGAGUCGGUGUUUGUGUUAAAAGUGUUCUAAAAUUUUUAAAAGGUAAUGGAGCGAGAAGUGGUUAAAUUACAGUCUCUUCUCAAGGGGCUAUCAGAUCAAGUGUCGAGUGUAUCUAGCAGUAUACAAUCGUUGCUGAAGAAAGUGGAGGAUGGCGAGGUGUCUACCUCCAAAGGAGUCAGUUUCUUAGAGGUCAAAUACCAUCUCCUGCUUAGUUACUUGAUGAAUCUGACAUAUGUCAUGCUUCAAAAGACCGAGGGGCGGAAACUGAGCGGUUGUCCGGCGAUCGAGAGACUGGUUGAGAUUCGGACAGUCCUUGAGAGAAUGCGACCCAUUGACCAGAAGCUACAGUACCAGGUGGAUAAGCUAAUCAAGACGGCAGCUACCGGGGCUGUCGCAGAGAACGAUCCACUCAGAUACAAGCCAAACCCUGCCAACCUCCGGAGUAAGCUGGAUGAUGAGGAGGAAGGUGAAGACGAAAGCAGUGAUGAGGAGGAAGAUGAUGCCAAGCCCAAGAAAUACGUCCCACCGAAGGUAGUUGCCAUGCACUAUGAUGGUGAUGAGACAAUGAAGCAGCGGCAAGAGAAGCAACUGGAGAAAGCCAAGAAGAGAGCCCUGAGCAGCGCCCUCAUGCAGGAACUCAAAGGAGAGUACUUUGAUGGUCCUGAAGAAGUUCGGGAAAGUGUCAGCCUACACAGACUGAAUGAGGAUAAAGAAGCAAGACAUAAGACAGAAUUUGAAGAGGACUAUUUCGUUCGUCUGCCUGUGACCAAAAAGGAGAAGCAAGCGCAGAGGAGACUGGCAACAACGUCCAGUCUGAAGUCAUUGACCCGCUUUGAUGACAUCAGUGCCCUGGAUCAAACGCAUGAGGACAUGCCUGUCAGGAAAAAGAGGAAGCUUCCAAGCAAGUUGCGGAAAAAGCUACAGAAGAGCGCUUCAAAGAAGAGAAAGAGGAAGUAUUGAGUUGACUGCCGUGUCGUCAACAGGUAGCUAAUUAGAGAUACAUCGAGCAUGCAUGUUGGAGGACAAAACCUCAAACAGCUUGGAAUGGAUUCUUCUCAGGGAAGACAUCUUAAAGAGUUCUUCAAGUAUUUUUUUUUUGAUAUUCAUGACAUGUUUUAACAUCUAUUUGUCGUGCUAUUUGUGAAUCUUGGAAAAGAAUUGAUUUUAGUAAGAAAACCAGUCCCCCAACUUAAUUUUGGUAUGUCAUAAUAAGGUCAUAGACAUGAUAACUCUCUAAUACAUUUACAUAUAUAAUAAAUAGAAUCAAUUUUUACAAAAGGAGUCAGUAAAAAAAGGACACAUUUUUUUACCAACUUGUUUGUGGAAAAUUGACAUUUUUCAAGAAUUUGGUCGGAAUUCAUAAAUAUGGUGUCAAAACAUGCACAAGGCAACAGCUAAAACUUAUCAAGGCUUGGCGAAGAACAAUUUUGAUAAUGAUAUGAAAAAUUGAGGGCACAUAGCCCCCACCUCCAGCUUUAAAUAUGCCUCUAUAAACAGUAGUUGCUUCAUUUUCUGGCUAGUGGGACAAAUUCUAUACUGCCUGUGACUUUAAUUUCCCCCCCCCUAAAAAAGAUUUUGCCUCUUUGUACAAAUAACAUGCUCCAACCAAUCAGAAUCUGUUGGUCAUGGUGCAACCGCGUUUCCAUGGCCUCGAUCUUGCUGCGCUGUGUUGGUUCCCAUUAUGCCUUGUGCGAUCUCGUAUCUGGAAUUGUAUCAAUAUGCAUACAUUAUAAGUUGAUGGCCUUUAACCUUGAAUACAUUAUGAGUGUUCUAUAGUUCCAUGAAAAGACAAUGAAUAGUCUUCGUGAAGGUUCGUGAUUAACCUCCUGAUAAUAACUCUUUGUGGAGUAACCCUUGCGGGAGAGUGCUGCUGGGGUGCCAGUCCAGUCCAAGGCGUCUUGUAGAGUUGUGACUGACGGGGUGUUCUUAUAGCCCACAAACUUACCCUACAUUUAAAUGAUAUCCAACUUCCAGUGUUUGGACAUCUUCUUACAUAUUUCUGCCAUUGUGGGCCGCCUUCUGAAAUCAACGUUUUGACAUUUUGCGCCAACACGUCACAGUCGUCGGAUUCCUGACGCCUUUCCGAUCUAAACAAGCAGGUCUCCCAGUGCAUAGACUUCGGCAGGCUUGUUAAAGGGCAAGUCCCCCUCCAUAACUUCUGGAGCCAUCUGGGGACACUCCAGGUACAUCUGAUCGAUUAGAUGCUCUGGGAUACGGAGCCAGGGACCUGCCACUUCAAGACAUGCAUUGCCAAGAUCAAUAAUCUUGGCAAACGGUCACGUCUUCUUGCCAUCAUUUGCAUCAAACAGAAGGAUGUUGUCCACUUUGAUACCACAGUGCACAUAAUCGCCGUUAUGCAAUUCGCAG